UGCGCAGAAGUAAAGGGAAGCGGCGACUGUUUUCUGCGGAGCUCUGAGAAUAAUUUGAUGCUUUAGCUAUUGUUAUUGAAUAAUAACUUUCAUCUUAAAUAUUAAAUUAACAGCCUCACCAUGGAAUUGUCUGAAAUACUGUACAACAAAGCGGAGUAUAUUGAAACGGCGUCUGGCAACAAAGUGAGCCGACAGUCAGUUCUGUGUGGGAGUCAAAACAUAGUUCUCAAUGGCAAAACUAUCGUUAUGAAUGACUGCAUUAUCAGGGGGGAUUUGGCUAAUGUCAGGGUGGGGAGACACUGUGUUGUGAAAAGCAGGAGUGUCAUUCGACCACCUUUCAAAAAGUUCAGCAAAGGAGUGGCAUUUUUCCCACUGCACAUCGGAGACCACGUCUUUAUUGAGGAGGAUUGUGUGGUCAACGCGGCACAGAUUGGUUCCUACGUCCACAUCGGCAAGAACUGUGUUAUAGGUCGACGGUGUGUGCUGAAAGACUGCUGUAAGAUCUUAGACAACACUGUGCUUCCUCCUGAAACAGUGGUGCCACCUUUCACUGUCUUCUCCGGAUGUCCAGGUCUGUUUUCAGGAGAGCUCCCAGAGUGCACACAGGACCUGAUGAUUGAUGUAACUAAGAGCUACUACCAGAAGUUCCUGCCCCUCAGCCAGAUCUGAGUUUCUGGGAGUGUCCCGUGUUCAGCAAGUCACAGCAGAAGUCGGGGACUAGCUUAAGUCUAGAAUGGACUUUGAGGGCUCACCUUCAAUCCUUCAUCCCUGAAACCUUGAGUUUAAUCACCUAAAGUAAAAACAUCAGAUUCUAAACAUUGAUGACAAGAAAAAGUGCAUCAGAAAAAGUCUGAAACAGCUGCACGUUUGCAGCUUCUUUCAAAUCCUGAAAUCCUUUAAGAACACUAAGAUUUAUCACCCCAGAUACAGAUAAACAGCCUUUGUGUUCCGUGUCAGUCUGUCAUGGGGAAGCUGAAGGACCUGAUGGGAGGAUGAAAAGGUGGAGGAGUGAUGAAGGAUGAGGUAGCCCAACGUAUGCAACACCCAUGGACUAAAAUGGUAGCAACCAUUUUUCAUGAUGUUGGCUGCACGUUC